AUGUUUUUUAACUUUUGUGAUUCUCGUUUGAGGCCAGAAAUUCAGUGUAGUACUGUUAGCACAGAAGGAUAUGAAGUCACCAAUUUAAUAAAUGAUUCUGACAAAGGAUUUUUAGCUUAUGCUUGUAUUAAGCCUCCUGUAAAUAUUGAUAUUACUUUUUUGUGCAAUAUAUGUGUUAGCCAUAUUUUAAUUUGGCCACAAGUUGGUUUACAAAAGUCAUCAGGUUUUCAAUUAUAUGCCAAAACAAGUAAUGACAACAGUGUGCCUUAUUCUUUAUUAGCUAAUGGAUUUUUGGAUUCCUCAAAUACUGGAUUGCUAUUUUAUCCAUCUACUGUUAAUCCUGAAACAAUUUCUGUUCCUCCAAACUUCUUAAAACGCUAUAUAAAACCUUCUUUGCGUUACUUGUCAACAUAUAUAAGCAGUUUAAGAAUAUGCAUAUGCAAAACAGAAAAUUCAGUACCUGCAUUAGGUAAGAUUGAAGUAUGGGGAACAGUGUCACCACGUUGUGGAAAAGACACAGUGGCUAGUGUUUUUACUUUGUGGUCCAAACAACAAUCAUCCAUAAUUGAAUCUGUGGAAAAAUCUGAGGUCUCUAAUUUACCUGUUACUACUACAGAUAGCAAAGAAACAUUAGAAUCAUCUUUACAAGUUCCAGAAUGUUUCUUAGAUGCUAUUACUUAUGAAAUCAUGACACAGCCAAUUUUAUUGCCAAGUGGAAAAAUAAUUGAUCAGAGUACAUUAUUAAAACAUGAGGAAACUGAAGCACUAUGGGGAAGAAGAUUAACAGACCCCUUCACUGGUUUACCAUUUAGUGAAGAUCGCAAACCUGUUAUAGCAAGUGCUUUAAAAAUAAGAAUAGAUAAAUUUUUAUUGGAAAAUAGCAAUAUGGAAGAAAUUAAGAAAUUGCCAAGAGUUUUAGGCCGUGCAGCACCUUUGAAUGUAACACACAAAAAAGUAGCAGAAGUUCCUAAAUAUGUAUUAAAGAGGAGUAUGAUAAAUAGAACUGUAAGUAAUACUAAACCAAAGCUGCCUUGUUCUGCAGUAUCAAAUAUACAAGCACGUAAGAAAGUCUGCCAUAAACUACCAGUUGUUGUAAUGUCUCAAAAACGAAGUACUUCUACUUUAACUAACUUAGCAAAGAGAAGAAUGACUGCUAGUUCUUCUGUACCAGUGUGCAAAGAAGUAGAAAGUGAAAAAAGAGAUGAUUCUACUGAUGUAGUGGACUUGACUGAUGAUAAUGAAACAGAGUUUGAUCUUAAUACAGCAGUACCUCAUUUAAAACGUUUUAAUAACAUACCAGAGAAGAAUGAUUCAAGUCCUACAUUAAAUAGUUGUUCCUGUUGCCCUAGUGGCACUUUUUAUCGGCUUCCAUGCAAACAUGUAUUAUGUAGGAAAGUUCUAACAUCUAUUGAAAAUAAUCAAUGCACAACUUGCGGUACACCUUAUAAAAAUAGCGAAAUAGAACGGUUUCACGAAUAG